UACGAAUCGAACACCCAACUUAUCGCUAUACUUUAUCGAUGAUAUACAGGGCGGCGCGAAGUCUUAGCAUCGAGUGAAGACGGGGGACAGGGGUCUUGUCUGUCACUCUAAAAGUGGAGACGGCAAGAAACGAGAAUUGACCGUCUACUACCGUACGCCAAUGAUAACUAACGAUGAUCUGGAGACCGUUACUUAGACAAUCAUAUCGUGCCAUGCUCAGCUGGGUUCCAGCCUCCUUGGCGGCUUGACCGCGCCCAUGUGCUUCUCCCUCCCGCGAUUACGUUUUUCGCUCAACAGACGCAAAUCGACAGCACUGGGAGUUUCGCCUCUCUCUCCUAAGAUUAUUACAAGACAUCUUGUCUUGAAUCGAUUCCAGAACUGUUCACAACCUUCUACCUUUUGUUCCCUGUUGCGAUCGACGGUUCCAGAAAGUAUAUGUCACUUUCGAGCGUUUGCGAUAUAAGCCGUACACGGACAAUUUCCGAAACAAUUAAUUUGGACAAUGCUCCUCUGUUUCAGGAGGAUGACCAGUCAUUUCUCCUGCGCAAAAUGGGCAACCAAAACUGUUCCGUCGUGGACUUCUUUGCAAGCCGAUCCAUCAAGGACGAUCUUUUGUGCUUGGACAAGUGGAGCGUGAAUCAACAACUUGCGCGCCGUAUCCCGCCGUUGGGUCCUAAAUUCGAGUUUGGCUUUGAUGCUGGAUUAUCAAAGUUACCCUACUCAGAGAACACAUGUCUUUUAAUUCAAAAGCAAAACAUAUAUUGGAGCGGAGACAUACCAACGACAAGAGCAAAUGCCUUUACUGAAAAACACUCCUCGAAGCAUCUUCCGAAUUCGCGAUACACUUCUUCUCCGAGCUGUCCCUCUUCACAGAACCCCCCGCAAAAUAGGAAGGCCAGGAGCGUGUCCAACCAUGGCGAAGGGACGGCGAGACUCAAACAGCCAAAAGCCUCUCGAAGGAAUUCAGAGAUCAGUGUAAAUGAGAAGUUGUCCGCUGCCCCAAAGAGCUUGAGGAGUAGCUCAGCCCAGUCUUUGCGGAAAGUCAAGGGUAUAUUGGGCCUGAAGACAUCACCAUCUACUUGUACAUCACCCUCAAGCAAGCGUAACAGCAGAUGCAGCUCUACUUGGACUGAUCAGGACGGAGUGUCAACUUUGGCGACUACAAUCAGUGAUGCUGAAUAUACACCGACAAAGCGAUCACAGUCAGUACGCAGCCAUAAUCACAAGGACAAGUUCCAACAUGUUCCGUUGCCAAUCCCGCAGAGGCGAGGGUCACUUGGCCAAGACUGUGAACAUGGCUUGCUCAAUCCUGGAAAAUACUGGCAUCCGGUGAAUGCAAGAGAAAAUCCUAACUCGACUUUGACUCGGCGAAGACAUUCUAUUUCUACAGGCUACUCAACAAAUUUUACUCAUUCUCUCACUCCUGGGUCGUCGAGUGUCAAGAAGUCACGGGAUAGCUUCCUUGUCCAAAAGUCCAAUUCAGUUUCUACGCCCCGGAAGACGGAGACACGAACUCUUGACACCGUGGCCAGGCAAUCAAACUCCCAGACUAAUACAAAGAGUGCAGUGAACAAUAUCAAACGAAUAAGGGCAAGUGGAGAAAAGAGUCAAUCUAUCACCUCUUUGACCUGUUCUCAAGGGCUCAGGUCUUCCUCGACUAAGAAUAGUCACAAUAAUUCUCCAGGGACUGUUGCCCACAAACCACUCAGUCCUGCCCAAGGGGUAAAGCUAGUACGAGAUCCGGAGAAAAGUCAGAGGAAACUACUCGUUGAGCUCUGGUUCACAACGCAAGCAUUGGCAGAUGGACUGGAUGUAAGCCCAGAAUUAGCAAGCAGUUGGUGCGAUGCUCUUUACUACAGUCGACGCCGGAACCUCGAUCUUGACCCGUUUGGAAUGACAAAGUUUGCGCCCAUUCAAGAAGCACUGAGUUGUGAUAUCACCAGAACGCAGUGGUGGAAGCUUCCUAAUCCGGAACUAGUCGUGGCCAAUGAAUUGCAAUCCAUCAUUCCGAAUAUGUUUGAGUCAUUCUGGAUCACCGAUCCUAAUCUCGAGGAGAACGCUAUCAGAGUCGCGUCUGACGAUCUCCUUCGCAGCACACAAUUUUGCAGUGGAGAAGGUAUUUUCGCGGACGACUUUGCAGGCGUCAAGGAAGGGUGUCAAUUGUCAACCAGUUAUGACGCAGAUGGACGGCUCAUGUACUCUCUUCUCAUCACCACUCCGCUCAUACUCCAGGAGACCGCAAAGACGCGGUAUUUUCUCACCACAUAUAUCAAUAUUACCAAAUACAUCAGAAAGCAUGUGCUCGACGCCAUUCUCGCGCAUCAUGCGCCGGACGUGUCCAGCAAGGAGGCAGUUGUUGAUUAUGCGGCCACUCGGACAAGGGAGACGAAGGACACACUACCGCGAAUGCUUGACAGGUCCCAUUGCCCGUCCUCUUCCUCUCUCCUAAGUCUCGAACGACCAAUCUCCUUGAUUGAUUGGCUUGAAUUUGCGCUAGAAGAAGCAGGCGACUCUCAGGAACUGGAACGACAUCUUUCCGGGUCAAGUUCAUUAGGUUCUCCCCGAACUUCUGAUUUUGAUUCAGCUCAAGAAAAUGAGAACUCGAGGGCAAAGGAAAAGAAGGGCGCAGAGAGGCACGACAAAUCAUUGCCGCUACCGGGCGAGAUUAUUGAACUUUCAGGGUUCAUUAAACAGCUGAAAGCACUUCACAGAGACUACUUUAUCUUGGCGCCUGGACGCACAAGUGCCUUUUACGAAGUCUAUUACGUAUCGCCGCACCUCUAUGAGACCGGCGAAUGUGUUGACGGUCUGCUGGAACAGACCUUGCCUGAAACUCGACAGCAGCUCAAGCAUGCUUGGGCAUAUCUUAAACAUGUUUCUAUUCAGAUUAAAUGGGGCAAACGAGGGGUCGAUAAAAUGCUUUAUUGUACUCCAUUGUAUGGACCUGGGUUUUCUUGCUGGAUAUGUUUUUUGACGGAUGCUUGUAUUGGAGAUAUUUGGGAGCGACCAAUUUCUUGAACUGAAUACUAAUGAAGCCACGACUGAUGAGAUCAUGUUUAAUGCCUUGUGUCUCCUCUCUUUCUUUCUUUUUUACUUUCUUUUCCUUGGUUUACUUUUUUUUGGGGUUUCAGCAUCAUUUCUUUAUAACUGUGAAUACUCAGUGACAGAGCGAUGGGGGUAGGCUUAAUAAAUGAUGAAGACGAGUGCGUUACGUC